AUGGUUAAGGUCCUUCUCGUACUGUACGAUGGUGGCCAGCACGCCAAAGAUCAGCCGGGCCUGCUCGGGACGACAGAGAACGAGCUCGGCCUGAGGAAAUACCUUGAAGACAAAGGCCAUACCUUGGUCACCACCUCUGACAAGGAGGGCGAGAACUCCGUUUUCGAGCGCGAGCUUGUUGACGCUGAAAUCAUUAUCACUACACCCUUCCAUCCCGGUUAUCUCACCAAGGAGCGUCUUGCCAAAGCAAAGAAUCUCAAGAUUGCCAUCACGGCCGGUGUAGGCUCAGACCACGUUGAUCUGGAUGCUGCCAACAAGACCAACGGCGGCAUCACAGUUGCAGAGGUGACUGGCUGCAAUGUGGUAUCUGUAGCUGAACACGUCGUCAUGACCAUCCUUGUCCUCGUCCGUAACUUCGUGCCGGCAUACGAACAGGUCUCAACCGGAGGAUGGGACGUUGCUGCUGUUGCUAAGAACUCCUACGACCUCGAAGACAAAGUUGUUGGCACGGUAGCUGUCGGCCGUAUUGGAGAGCGUGUCUUGCGUCGUCUCAAGCCGUUCGACUGCAAGGAGUUGCUCUACUACGACUACCAACCACUGAAGCCAGAGGUUGAGAAGGAGAUUGGUUGCCGUCGAGUUGAGAACCUUGAGGAGAUGCUUGCACAGUGUGACGUAGUCACCAUCAAUUGCCCACUGCAUGAGAAGACACGAGGCCUCUUCAACAAGGAGCUGAUCUCCAAGAUGAAGAAAGGUUCUUGGCUCAUCAACACUGCCCGUGGCGCUAUCGUCGUCAAAGAAGAUGUUGCUGAGGCCGUCAAGUCAGGUCACCUCCGUGGUUACGGUGGUGAUGUCUGGUUCCCUCAGCCAGCUCCAAAGGAUCACCCGCUGCGAUAUGUUCAGGGUCCAUGGGGCGGUGGUAACGCCAUGGUGCCCCAUAUGUCUGGCUCCACUAUCGAUGCCCAGAUUCGGUAUGCUGAAGGCACGAAGGCUAUCCUUGAAUCAUACUUGUCGGGUAAACAUGACUAUAAGCCUGAAGACCUAAUUGUCUAUAAGGGCGACUAUGCCAACUAA